CUGCCACAUCCUGCCUCUACCCAAGUCAACCAAGGCAAGGCGAGCCAACGGACAGACGUUAUUCGGAGCGCGGCAUCUCGCUGCUGCUUCGCCCGGGCCGUCACCUUCCUGCUCCAUCAGAUUGCAAUUUAUAUGCUGCGAACCUCACAAGUCAUCAGACAUCACAAUUCACAACCGCGCGUCGCCACCAUGGAUACUGUGAGUGUGCCACGCACCCAACACCAACCAGCCGGCUCGCAGCCCUACUCUGUGACCUUGGUUAUCAAUGGCCCCUCCACCUUGCGCGGACGCCCCUGUGGCGGCAUCGACCUGCGGUGGGUGCGCUCCGUGGCCGCCGGGGGCAUCUUCUUGGUGUUCCUCCUAGCGGCUUCCCGGAUCGCAUUUCCCUCCGCCUCAGUCUUCAUUCACCCGUACCCCGCUGCCACCCAGCCCCCGUCGCCGGUCGGGACCCCACGCUUCGCCUAUCUGGUCUCUGGUUCGGCCGGCGAAGCCGGCAGGCUGCACCGCUGCCUCUUCGCGCUCUACCACCCACGGAACCACUACAUCCUCCACCUGGACGCGGAGGCGUCCGACUCGGAGCGCACCGAGCUGGCGGCCUUCUUGGCCGCGCACCCGGUUCUUGCCGCCGUGGGCAACGUGCGAGUGCUGGAGAAGGCCGACGCCGACCUGGUGACCCACAGGGGCAGCACCAUGGUAACCACCACACUGGGCGCCGCCGCCACCUUCCUGCGCGGCCCCGGCGCCGACUGGGACUGGUUCAUCAACCUCUCCGCCUCUCACUACCCGCUGGUCACGCAGGACGAUCUGAUGGACGUGUUCUCGCGGCUGCCACGUGACCUCAACUUCCUCGACCACACGAGCGACAUGGCGUCUCCGAGGGCGAUGGUUGACCCGGGGCACUACAUGAACGGGACAGAGAAGCGGGAGCUGCGGCAGCUGCCCACCACAAUCUUCACAGGUUCUGCUUGGACGGUGUUGUCACGGCCGUUCGUUGAGUACUUGAUCCGGGGGUGGAAAAACCUCCCGCGCAACCUCCUGGUCUCCUCCCCGGAGGCCUACUUCCACACCAUGGCCUGCAACGCCGAGGAGUUCCGGAACACCACCGUGAACCACGACAUGCAUUACAUCUCCUGGGGCGGCUCCCCUGCGCGUCAACCGGAACUCAUCAACUCCAGCCACUGGGACGGGAUGCUCGGCAGUGACGCCCCCUUCGCAUGCAAUUUUGGCCAGGACAACCCGGUGCUCGACAGGAUCGACGCAGAGCUCCUGCUGCGGCAACCCGGGAUGCUUGCCCCCGGCAGCUGGAGCAUCGGGGACACUGGCGGCGAUGGCUCCUUCUGGAUCGUGAGGGACGCGACGCCCCUGCGUCCUGGCCCUGGAGCUACGCGGCUGCAGCGGCUCCUCACAUCGCUCCUUUCCGAGGAGAACUUCCGGCCUAAACAGUGCAAGAUAGUCAAUCACAGCGCCUGAGCCUGAUCUGUGGGCACGGGCACGAGGGGCUGUAUCGCCGGCGGUGCUCCGUUUUUCUGUCAGGCUCGGUAUCAGCAGUUAAUAAUUAAGCUAGAACUUUGGAAAAGAGUGAGACGUGUCUCCUCAUUCGGGCGCCAAGCAGUUGACGUUGGAGAUACACAUAUAUUUCUUUUCUCUUUGCCUAUUUGUUCCUCGGUGCUGUGUAACAUGACUGGCCCUUGAGCAUUUCCCGAAGAAAUAAAGAACAUUUCCUAGAGAUCCUAGUAGUACCAUAUAUAACGGACAGUCGUGUGUUUGUAGUAGCAAGUUUUGGGGUCUUAGUG